GGAGAGCGGAUAUAGUGAAUGCUGGGUCCGGGGAGACCGGAUAUAGUGAAUGCAGGGUCCGGGGGAGACCAGAUAUAGUGAAUGCAGGGUCCGGGGAGACCAGAUAUAGUGAAUGCGGGGUCCGGGGAGAGCGGAUAUAGUGAAUGCAGGGUCCGGGGAGAGCGGAUAUAGUGAAUGCAGGGUCCGGGGAGAGCAGAUAUAGUGAAUGCGGGGUCCGGGGAGACCAGAUAUAGUGAAUGUAGGAUCCAGGGUUUAGUAACUUCAAUGCAAGCAGGAGGCCAGGUCUAUGGGAGUAGUUAUGCAAAUAUCAAAAUAUCUUAAUGACCAGGUGUCAAUCUGUAGGCA